AUGGCAGAAGCUUUGAGUGAACAGGGCGUUACCCAAAUGUCGGAAAGCAAUAUUCAAAAUCGUAUAAAUGAGAUGCAAGACCAAGUUGGAACAUUGUCCGUAUUAACUACGAUUACCCUUCUGCUUGCACUACUUAUGGUUGUUCUGUAUAUUCUUGAGAUGAUUUGUGCUCCGAGCAAAGCGAGAACGCCACCAACUCCGCUGCCAACAGCUGUGGUGAUUCAGCCAAAGGAUGAAGAUGAGAAGAAAAAGGACAAAAAGUCCGAUAAGGAAGAGCCAAGAGAUGAUUGCCGACAUAAUUCUAAUCGUCAUUUCCCGUCGAAGAAAAUCACGCUUGAACUUGAUGUGAAACGGCCUGACAAAGAAAAAGCGGAGAAGGAAAAAAAGAAACCAAAACCUGCGGUCACGAAUGUUGCUGUUUGCCCACCGCCACCAUAUAGUGGAUACAAGAAGGAUACGGUUGUGGUUGUGCCGGCACCUGCAGUGCUACCGCCAGCAACGCCUCCUCAACCUGGUACAACAGUCACAACAACAACUACUGAAACGGUUACGGUCACAUCGGUUGCGCCAAAAGAAGAGAAUAAGUCACUUCCUGUGGCUAGUACGCAGGAUUUGACUGCGUCUCCGGCGCUAAGAACUGCCGUCGAACCGUCCCCGUCUAAACCACCGCCCGCACAGCCGCCAUCCGUUUGGCAAUUGAGAGCAAAAGUCGUAUCACCGCGACGCGCCUCAGGGAGAUUAUCAGCGUCUCCGCGAAGAGGACGUACGCCGAAAAAAGGAAAAGGUUCCGGAGAACAGCAGUCGCUUAGCGGUGCUCCAUCGGCGGGACAGUAA